UCUGUGAAGGGAAGUGAGAUCAGAGUGAGAGUUCUAGUGAUCAUCACAGAUCAGUAAGAGAAAGGUGAGAGAUAUCAUCUAGGCAGCCCUGUCCUAGACAUAAGAGAGACAAGGAAGUGCAAAGUGGGUGUGAGCAAAGAGAGAGAGAGACCCACACACACACACACACACACACAAAUGAUGACGAAGAAGAUGAUGGUGGCUCCAGAGGAAACUCGAAAGGGUCCAUGGACAGAGCAAGAAGAUCUUCAACUGAUGUGCUUCGUGAGCUUAUUCGGCGAACGUCGAUGGGAUUUCAUAGCCAAAUUUUCAGGUCUCAACAGAACUGGAAAGAGUUGUAGGUUACGAUGGGUUAAUUACCUUCACCCAGGCCUCAAACGUGGAAGGAUGACACCUCAAGAGGAGAGACUUGUGCUUGAACUCCACUCCAAAUGGGGCAAUAGAUGGUCCAGAAUUGCUCGCAGGUUACCAGGUCGAACUGAUAAUGAGAUAAAGAACUAUUGGAGGACACAUAUGAGGAAGAAAGCACAAGAGAUGAAAAGGGCUUUGUCACCACCUUCAUCUUCCUCUUCUCCACGAGAUAGUACUUCUAGGUUUUCUGAUCUCCCUGAUGAUCACCAAAACCAGGUCAUAGAAGGAAUUAGUUUAUUUGAUGACAAAGGUAGUACUAUUACUAAUGGUGAUUUGGCUGUGAGUACAGGAGAUCAGAAUGAGGAAGAAAUUGCAAAAGGUUACUACUCCAUGGAUCAAAUAUGGAAGGAAAUUGCUUUCAUGGAACAAAAUGUGAUCAGCAGUACUGGACCAGUUUAUGUGGGAAAUGAAGAACACAAGGAAGAAGUGGCUUACAGUUUCUUUAGUCCUCCAACUUCAAUGGCUCCUCCUCCUCCUUCUUCUUCUUCUUCUUCUUCUGGGAACUAUGUUUCAGAUUCACUGUGGAGGAUGGAUGAUCAAGAAGACAUCAAGAUGCCACUUCCAACCAUGGGAGAUUUUUUUGUUUCAGACUAUGGAAAUGGGAUAGAAUACUAAAUCAUAAUCAGGAAAAAAAAAAUGUUUUCUUUUACAGAUAUCUAGUUUAUCUAGGCUUUAGCUAGUAGAUCCUUGUUCAAAGCUGUACCAUCAGUUCAUGUAAGUGAACUCUAACUUCCUAGUAUGACAUUUCACUUCAUGUAAUGUAUAAUGUUCUCUGUGGAACUCC